AUGAUCCCAUCUACAGAAACUACUACAGCCUCCUCGACUGCCUCGGCUACUUUGCAAGUCCAAUCUGAGACGAACAAGGGAUACAAAGUUUCAGAAAGAGGAUCACACAACAUCGCCAAAGGUGCCGCUCAUCCUUACCAGUUGCCCAAGUUCACGGAUAAGGUGGCAGAGAGAAAAUGGGCACUUCAACAUAUGGCAGGCGCCUUCAGAGUGUUUGCUAGAAAAGGGUAUACCGAAGGCACAGCUGGUCACAUCUCCAUUAGAGACCCUAUUGAUCCUGAUACAUUUUGGAUCAACCCAUUGGCCAAGCAUUUUGGCUUGCUCAAAGCCAGCGAUAUGGUCCAUGUAGAUGAAGAGGGCAAUAUUUUGCCAGAUGGUGCCCAGACAGCGAUUAAUGCUGCUGGAUUUGCUAUCCAUUCAGCUUUACACAUUGCUAGACCAGACGUAAAUGCUGCAUGUCAUACUCAUUCUGUAUACGGAAAGGCAUGGUCGGCCUUUGGCAAGCCUUUAGACAUGUUGAACCAAGAUGUUUGCACUUUCUACAAGACGCAUAGUGUAUACGAAGACUUUGGUGGAGUUGCUCUUGAAGCUGAAGAAGGAAGACAGAUCGCAAAAGCUAUUGGAAACGGGAAGGCUGCUAUUCUACAGAGCCACGGGUUGUUGACUGUAGGACAGACCGUAGACGAAGCUGCUUAUCUUUUCACGCUUAUGGAAAGGUCCUGCGAAGUUCAAUUGCUUGCAAAAGCAGCCUUACGUCCGGGUGAAGAGUUGAAGAUCAUCCCUGACGCAGAAGCGGCCUAUACCGAGCACCAGGCAGGUGAUCUGGAAACGUUGUACACUGAGUUUCAGCCUGAUUACGAGAUGGAAGUCUACUUAAAUGAUGACUUUCUUAAUUAG